GUGCCUGAGGAAUUAGAUGGUGGGUUUUAGGAAUUUUAUUUUGGUUUUUUUCCAUGUGAGGGAAACCACCCAAAUUAAUUCCCGUUAGAGCGAGAGACUAAGCCCUAAGGGUUGUAGUCCGUGACGUUUCCGAUCAUCGCCGGCCGACGACUCCCGGCGAGUGAAAGAGCGUGAAACAUACUAAUGGAGAGAGGACGACAGUCGCUUCAAUCCGACGUGCAUCACUCAUCCGAUCACAUCCGAAGCUCGAUAGUCUCUGCUUUUGUAGAAGCUUAAUCUGAAUUUCAAUUUCGAUUAAGAAUGGUUGUAACCACCAGAUCCCAAGCCAAGAAAGCUGAGAAGUUGGGCGUAUCAGAAUCAAAGUUUGAAUCUGGAGAGAUUAACGGGAAAACAUGGCGAGACUGGAUGACGAACUGGACUGUAAUGCAUAAGGCCAGGGAACUUUGGAUCCAAGAAAUCUUCUGUGAAAAACAACGCGCGGAGAAUCCAGCCUUGUUAAGAACACAUAAGCUCAGAUACGUUGCAAGAAGAGAAUGGGAUUCCAUUGCUGAUACUGAGAAAGCUCCCUUUAUUACCAAGGCCUUGGAUGCAUUGGCUCCAGGUCCUGUACUAGCGGGGGCACUCACUAUGAAAGUUGUGAGAAAAACAAGCAAGCAAACAAGUGAGUCAGAAUACUGUCAUGCUUGUGCCAGUUUCAGGGAAGACUUCUACGAGAAUCACUUUAUGACUCAUUCAGACUACAAACUAACAGAGGAGGUCAGGGACGCUGCAAGCAGGACAUGGGCUUCUUUGGAUGAGGGUGCCAGAGCUGCGUAUUUUGCCGAGGGCAAGAAAAGGGAGGCUGAUAGCGAUGAGGUUUUCGAGUAUCUUCAACACAACGAGACUUAUAAGGCUCGACUCUUAUCUUACAUGUUUUAGUUGUCAAAACGAAGUUCUUAUUGGUUCGUUUUCUAGAUACGAAAAUCAGUGAAAUAUUUUUUUUGCACUCAAGCUCUUUUCAUUUUCUGGUUUUUUUAUAAAUAUUUUUGCCCAAUUCCCAUAAUCGCAACUCUUGUAUGUAUACAUUAAUUAAUUAUGUGUCCCUUG